AUGGCACCGCAAGACAGCCAAUUAGGAGACAACAUUAACGAAGAUCAGAUGCAUGAUGACUGUGCUCAAGGGUCCGGAUAUGCUUCAAAGGGCCUCGUUGCCCCGAAGUACAUGGGCACCGUGGCAGAUCAACGGGAUAUGAGCGCUUUGGGACGAGUUCAAGUGCUACGAAGGAACUUCCGUUUCAUAUCAAUUCUCGGUUUCGCCUGUACACUUAUCUGCACGUGGGAAGUAGUCUUGACAUUACUGAGCUCUGCCCUGACCGAUGGGGGAACUGCAGGAUUGAUUUGGGGCUUCCUCAUAGUCACCGCAGGGUUUUCUCUUGUUUUUGCUAGUAUCGCAGAAAUGGCCUCGAUGGCUCCAACUUCGGGAGGACAGUAUCAUUGGGUGUCUGAAUUCGCUCCUCGCAGAGGCCAAAAGUUCUUGAGUUAUAUCACUGGUUGGCUCUGUGCAACUGGAUGGCAGUGUGCUAUUGUGUCAAUUGCAUUUCUCGCUGGCACAAUAAUCCAGGGCCUAAUUGUACUCAACGACCCGACAUAUGACUUUCAGCGAUGGCACGGAACGUUACUUGUCAUAGCCAUCACCACAUUCUCAAUCUUUUUCAAUACGUUCCUAGCCAAGAAUCUUCCUAUGGUCGAAGGGCUCAUUCUGAUCAUCCAUGUCGUCGGGUUGUUUGCUAUUAUCAUUCCGCUGUGGGUUCUUGCUCCUCGAAACAACCCCAAAGCUGUAUUCACAGAGUUCAACAACGCCGGAGGGUGGAGUGGCGAUGGUACUGCUACACUGGUCGGUCUUUCGACCACAAUUACGUCCAUGAUCGGAUAUGACUGCUCUGUGCACAUGUCGGAGGAGAUUAAGGAUGCUUCAGAGACACUUCCAAAAGCAAUGAUGUCUGCCGUGGGAGUAAAUGCAGUGCUAGGACUCGUCAUGAUUGUUACCUUGUGCUUUACGCUCGGGGACGUAAAUAGCGUCCUGAAUACUCCGACUGGAUACCCCUUCAUCCAAAUCUUCUAUAACACCACCAACAGCUAUGCAGCAACGAACACAAUGACUGCAGUUCUAGUCAUUACACUCACGGCUAGCACAAUCACCGAAGUUGCAACAGCAUCUCGCCAGCUUUGGUCUUUUGCUCGUGAUCAAGGAUUACCUUUCUCCUCCUUCUUUGCAUAUGUCACACCUGGAUGGAACAUCCCGCUCAAUAGUGUCAUGGUCUCUCUCGCCGUUACCAUCCUUCUCUCGUUAAUCAAUAUUGGCUCUCAAGUUGCCCUCAACGCCAUUAUUUCCCUGACGAUCACAUCUCUAAUAUCGGCCUAUAUCUUAUCAAUUGGCUGCGUCCUCCUGAAACGUCUGCGCGGGGAGGCCCUGCCGCCUCGUCGGUGGACUCUUGGCCGAUUCGGCAUGGCGAUCAAUAUUGCCUCUUUGGCCUUCUUGUUUCCCAUCUUCGUUUUCUCUUUCUUCCCCUUGACAAAAACAGUAGAUACCAGAACGAUGAACUGGGGUGUUGUCAUUUACGUUGGGGUGGUAGCGUUUGCAUCGGUUUAUUAUGUGAUCUGGGGACGAUAUAUUUUUAUUGCCCCAGUGGCACUGGUGAAAAGAGAAGGCCGGUAA